GGCCCCUUUUUUCAUAGCCCUUUCUCUCUUCUUCCUCUUUGAGUUGCUCUGAGGGCGCUACGCUGGCUCCACCGCCUUCUCUGCCGUUCGAACCCCGCGGCUGUCCUUACCCCAGCGAGGGUAGGGGGGUCGGGUGCCAUCGUCUUGCCGACGGAGUGGGUGUUUGUCCCUCCCUGAGCCACAUGGUUCCUCGAGGUGCUGGUGUCUGUGAUCCCUGGAGACAGGAGGGAAUGCUGGAUGAUCCCGACCAGCGGGAGCUUGGACAGCAUCCUGGUUUAAGCAAGGAGUAGGGAAAGCCAAAGGAGCCACCAUGUUGGUGAUACCCCCCGGACUGAGCGAGGAAGAGGAGGCUCUGCAGAAGAAAUUCAACAAACUCAAGAAAAAGAAAAAGGCAUUGCUGGCUCUGAAGAAGCAAAGUAGCAGCAGCACAACCAGCCAAGGCGGUGUCAAACGCUCACUAUCAGAGCAGCCUGUCGUGGACACAGCCACAGCAACAGAGCAGGCAAAGCAGCUGGUGAAAUCAGGAGCCAUCAGUGCCAUCAAGGCUGAGACCAAGAACUCAGGCUUCAAGCGUUCUCGAACCCUUGAGGGGAAGUUAAAGGACCCCGAGAAGGGACCAGUCCCCACUUUCCAGCCGUUCCAGAGGAGCAUAUCUGCUGAUGAUGACCUGCAAGAGUCAUCUAGACGUCCCCAGAGGAAAUCUCUGUAUGAGAGCUUUGUGUCUUCUAGCGAUCGACUUCGAGAACUAGGGCCAGAUGGAGAAGAGGCAGAGGGCCCAGGGGCUGGUGAUGGUCCCCCUCGAAGCUUUGACUGGAGCUAUGAAGAACGCAGUGGUGCCCACUCCUCAGCCUCCCCUCCCCGAAGCCGCAGCCGGGACCGCAGCCAUGAGAGGAACCGGGACAGAGACCGAGAUCGGGAGCGGGAUCGAGACAGAGACCGAGAGCGGGACAGGGAUCGGGAUCGGGAUCGGGAUCGAGAUCGAGAUCGAGAUCGAGACCGGGAACGGGACAGGGAUCGGGAGCGGGAGCGGGAUCGAGACCGAGACCGAGACCGAGACCGAGAGGGUCCUUUCCGCAGGUCGGACUCCUUCCCUGAACGGCGAGCCCCUAGGAAAGGGAAUACUCUGUAUGUAUACGGAGAAGACAUGACGCCUACCCUUCUCCGUGGGGCCUUCUCUCCUUUUGGAAACAUCAUUGACCUCUCCAUGGACCCACCCAGAAACUGUGCCUUCGUCACCUAUGAAAAGAUGGAGUCAGCAGAUCAGGCCGUUGCUGAGCUCAACGGGACCCAGGUGGAGUCUGUACAGCUCAAAGUCAACAUAGCCCGGAAACAGCCCAUGCUGGAUGCCGCUACUGGCAAGUCUGUCUGGGGCUCCCUCGCUGUCCAGAACAGCCCUAAGGGUUGCCACCGGGACAAGAGGACCCAGAUUGUCUACAGUGAUGAUGUCUACAAGGAAAACCUUGUGGAUGGCUUCUAGGGAACAGAGCUGGAUUCCUUGUGCCUCAUAUGCCCCAAUGCUGGUCUCAGUAAAACACUGAGGUGGAAGCUUACACAUCUCCCUCAGCCUCUGGUUUUUCAGCACUUGGGAUUGGGGUUAAGCCUUUAAAAAUGGGUGUCAGGUUUGAUCUCAGUGUAACAACAUGGCCAGUGCCCAUUCCCCACUCCCUUGCCCCAAAAGGAUCUGGAACACAA